AAGUCCUUUCACUCUCCACAAAGAUUUCAAUUUUCUACAAGAUUCUCGAGUGUUUGUGUUGAAAUCAACACCUUAAUUUGUGAGGCUUGAAUCCCUAAUCCAUCUUUAUGUGUUUUGCUGCUCAGUUUCUGAUCAUCUUGAAGCUUUUAUCGCCAUGAAAGAUCGCCGGAAACGUGCUUCUCUGCUCCUCAUCUCUCGAUGCGCCCUUGCUCUACUCUUCUUCUCCGGCUUCACUCUCUCCACUCUUCGACUUCUUUUUUCAGAGAGCUACCAUCCGAGCUUGAUAUCUUCAUGGAGAACGUCACCGGCGGAAGCUAUUUACAGUGAUUCACCGGCGUCGAGGGGUUUAUCCGUCGGAGAAACGGUGCUGUUUCCAGACCAGGUAUUGAUUUUGCUAAAAUAUCCUCCAUCCAGUCGUCUGUUGACGAAAGAUGAAAUCGAGUGCGUUUAUUAUUCACCGAACACUUCCCGGCCUCACCUGAGGUCGUCGCCGUUGUCAAUCGGCGGCCAAUAUCUCGAUCACCAGAUCGUACGUUGUGGGAUUCCACCACGUGGCACGAUCGUAUCCGUCGCUUUGAAAGCCCAAGGUGAUCUCCCGCCCGGCCCCACGCACGAAUGGAAAUCGUUAGCUUACGAAGCUAUGAUCGACCGAGACAACACCACCAUUGUAUUCGUGAAGGGACUCAAUCUACGGCCAGGAAGAGCCUCCAACCACUCUCGGUUUCAAUGCGUGUACGGCUCCGAUUUCACCAAUCGGAAGUCGCGGUUGAAAUCAGAAGUUGUCUCAAUCGCUCAAGAGAUCGUACGGUGCAGGACCCCUUCGAGUCUACUGGGAAGCCCACACAGUCGUGGUUCCAUCAAAGUUUCGGUCAACGUAAUUGGCAAAGGGAUUUUGAGCUCCAUUGCCCGACCCGAGUUUUUGGCUUCACCCGACCCACCCGUUUUUAUUCAACAUCGAGUCUGCAUAUGCACCAUGCUCCGGAACCAAGCCCGGUUCUUGCGCGAAUGGGUCAUGUACCAUGCCCGCAUUGGGGUCGAACGUUGGUUCAUAUACGACAACAACAGUGACGAUGAGAUCGAAGACGUAAUAGAGUCGUUAGCGAAUCAAGGUUUCGAGAUUACCCGACACUUGUGGCCUUGGAUCAAGACCCAAGAAGCCGGAUUCGCACAUUGUGGUUUACGAGCUCGAGACCUUUGUGAAUGGGUUGCUUUUAUUGAUGUGGAUGAGUUCUUACACCUGCGGACCGGGGUUCAUUUAGGGAGCAUAAUCAGCAACCAAACCAGUAGGCCCGAUGUUGCAGAGUUACGAAUAUCAUGUCAUAACUUUGGACCAUCGGGUCUGAAAGAAAGCCCACGAGAAGGGGUCAUGGUGGGAUACACUUGUCGGUUGAGGCCCCCCGAGAGGCACAAAAGUAUAGUCCAACCAGAGAAACUAAACCCCACGUUGAUCAACAUGGUGCAUCAUUUUGAUUUGCGAGAUGGGUUGAAUUACGUGAACAUAGAUAGGAAUUUAAUGGUGAUUAAUCACUAUAAGUUCCAAGUGUGGGACGAGUUCAAGGAGAAGUUCUAUAGAAGAGUGGCUACGUAUGUGUCGGAUUGGCAAAAAGAGGAAAAUGUUGGAUCUAGAGAUCGAGCCCCGGGUUUGGGGACUCGAGCAAUUGAACCGGCUGACUGGGCUAGCCGAUUUUGCGAGAUCAAUGAUACAGGUUUGAGGGAUUGGGUGGUGAAGACGUUUAGUGACCCAAACACAGGUUUACUACCAUGGCAACAAGAAAGAGUUUUGUGAACUUUUUCUAUUAUUACUAAAUUAGGCAUUGGAUUGAUCAAGGUCAAGCUAUAUAUAUAUAUAUAUACACACUUGAUAUCAUGGUAUUUAAUCAUGUAAUGUAUAUUUUGAUUGGUAUAAAACAUGAUUAUAGUAUAUGC